AUGGGGACGAUCAUUUUAAUUCUUUUAUUAUGUGGACUUAAUAAUGCACAAUUUACUUAUCCUUCAACUGCAGAGCAAUGCGCGUCCAGACUGGCUUGUUCGCUGAACUACAGUAAAAUAUUCGAUUCCAAAAUCAACGAACUGACUUAUCGCCAUAACUUAGAUCUGUACACACUUCGCAACUAUCUUAAUGGAAAGCUACUACCUCUUCAACAUGAAACGGAAGUACUAAAAUUGAAUACCUCGGCCAUGUUAGAAAGUUUUGGGCGGGAAAUUUCAAACACUCACUCCAUGUUGAGUCAAGAUCGGGAAUUCAUGAGCAAUCUUUCUCAAGGAUUCAACGCGCUGGGUAAAUCUCUUCAUGGCGAGAUAGGCGUUCGUAUGGAUGAUGUCCAUCGUCUGGUAUUAGAGGUCAAGGACGUCCAGCAUACACUAACCCUCCUACAGACGCAGAUUAAUGAUUUAAAGGGAAGUAACAUGACUGGGCAGACACCAAAAAUUGUACAACCAGCACAACAUUGCCCAGCCGAUAAUGCCACAAUAGAUGAGAUGAUUGAGCUAAGAAAAAAUAACACUUUCUUGGAGAGGGUGUACAAGUUUGCCACGGCUUCCUUACGGAAUUUGACGUCUGUCGUGGCAGCCCGAGACAGAAAGAUCUUAGCAUUACAACAAGAGUUACAAUCACUACGAAUCCAAUCCUCCAAACCUUUGAUAUCCAGCACCUGUGACACCCCUCUUGGAAUGGCAAAUGGAACAAUAUCCGACUCAGCCAUCACUGCCAGCGAGUCUCACGUAAACUACAGCCCCGCUGGAGCACGCAUCAACAGCAAGACUGGGUGGUAUACAAAUGACAAGUCAGUGUCACAUGACUGGAUCCAAGUGGAUUUAGGAGAGAAAAAAUACGUCACAAAACUAGCCACUCAGGGAGCCCCAUGCUGUGAUGUCCGCGUGACAAACUACACCAUACAGUACUCCUCCGAUGGUGUUAAAUGGAGGGACCUCCAAGAAAACUGCCAGAAAAAGUACUUUGAUGGUAAUACGGACCAGACUUCCAUUAAACUUCAAAACAUUGACCCACCUCUUCUAGCGCAACAUAUUAGAUUAAAUGUGGUAGACUUCAACAGGAAAUCCAACAAUGCAAACAACUAUGUGGGCAUGCGCUUUGAGAUGUACGGAUGUUCUUUCAGGUCUUAGCAUUUAUUAAAAGAAUAACU